CGCCCUUCACCGCCUGCCCACGCGACUCCAUCAGUGUAGUGUCUAGCUAUCUAAUAAUAUGCUACAGCUCCGUCACCUUGCCAGUAGCCUGGGCCGCCUACGGGUGCGCCAGAGCAGCGCGUCGUCGGUGCUGUGUGUGUGCCGUUACAGCAGCUCAACUACGCCAGGUACGAGUCGCGUUUUUUUUUUCUCUCUUCCCUGUCACGUCGCGUCGCGUCUUCUCUCAACGUCAUGUCAAACCAUUGACUUUCUUUCGUCAUUCCUUUCAGCUUCAAUUGAUCUUUACAGGCUUGCACAAAGUUGAUUCUUUUCUUUCUUUUUGUUUCUAGGUGAAUAUGUGAUGAUGCCGGUGCUAUUUCUUCCUUUUCAUUUCUCAAUCCACUAUCCACCAGUAUACAUCAAUGCUAGUCCUU